AUGAUUUUGCAGCUGGCAGACAGGUCUAUUAGGAAACCAAGAGGUAUAAUUGAAGAUGUUCUGGUUAAGGUGGACAAGUUUAUUUUUCCAAUGGAUUUCAUCAUUCUCGAUGUGGAUGACAAGGUGGAGGUACCAUUGAUUCUGGGAAGGCUGUUCCUAGCAACUUCUAAAGCUAUUAUCGAUGUUAAGGAUGGCCGAAUGACACUCCAAGUGGAUGCAUUCAUGAAAGAUGAGCUUGUUGAAUUGUUGGAGAACAACCUCUUGGAAGAUGAAACACCAGAGGAGGUGAUGGAAUCCUACUGUUUAGACUUGGCGGCCGUCAAGAUCUUUGCAUCAAUGGAAGUACCAAAGAAAAGGACUUCUCGUGUAACAAAGUAG